AUGAAUGAUGCCGACGCUCCCAACGGGCUCUCCGGGGGUGGUAGCAACGGUAUCGACGACGACGACACUGCAUCCGAGGAGGGUAGCUAUGAUGCAGACAGCGACCCGGAGCCUCAAGACUUAUCUAUGGAACAAAUGCGACGGCGUGGCCUACUCCCAACGGGCGUUUGCUACGAUGAUCGCAUGAAACUCCACAUGAACGCCGACUUCAGUCCAAAUACCCAUCAUCCUGAGGAUCCUCGCCGAAUCCACGAGAUCUUUAAAGCUUUUAAGAAGAUGGGUCUCGUAUACACCGGCCCAGCAUCGGAGCUUGCCAGGAUCAUUAAAGAAUGCCCGACAAGAUACAUGUGGCGGAUACCUGCUCGCCCGGCAACAAGAGCAGAAAUCUGUCUCGCCCAUUCCCCUGACCACCUAAGUUGGGUUGAGAGCCUGGAAAACAUGAGCACAACCGAGCUACGAGAGCUCACAAGGCAGUACGACCAGGGUCGCGAGUCUCUUUACGUCGGCAGCAUGUCCUACCCAGCAGCCGUGCUCUCGGCUGGAGGUGCCAUCGAAACGUGCAAGAAUGUCGUUACGGGACAGGUCAAGAACGCUUUCGCUGUGAUCCGCCCUCCAGGACAUCACGCUGAGUUUGAUGCCCCUAUGGGGUUCUGCUUCUUCAACAACGUUCCCGUGGCCGUCAGGGUCUGCCAGCAGGACUAUCCAGAUAUCUGUCGGAAGGUUCUAGUGCUGGACUGGGAUGUGCACCACGGCAAUGGUGUUCAGAACAUCUUCUACCAGGAUCCCAACGUCCUCUACAUCUCACUCCAUGUAUACCAAAACGGCAUCUUCUACCCGGGCAAGCCCCCGAAUCCCAUGACACCCGAUGGUGGAAUCGAGAACUGUGGUAGUGGCCCUGGACUCGGCAAGAACAUCAACAUUGGCUGGCACGAUCAGGGGAUGGGUGAUGGAGAGUACAUGGCAGCUUUCCAGAAGAUUGUUAUGCCAGUCGCCAAGGAGUUCAACCCAGACCUCGUCGUGAUUUCUGCAGGCUUCGAUGCUGCAGAUGGUGACGAGCUAGGAGGCUGCUUUGUCUCGCCUGGUUGCUACGCCCACAUGACUCACAUGUUGAUGUCGCUCGCAGACGGCAAGGUCGCGGUGUGUUUGGAAGGCGGCUACAACCUCAAGGCCAUCUCCAAUUCUGCGGUUGCCGUAGCGAGAACCCUGAUGGGUGAACCUCCACCAAAGAUGGAGAUUCCCAAGAUCAACAAGGAGGCCGCGCGCAUACUAGCCAAGGUCCAGGCACACCAAGCUCCAUAUUGGGAAUGUAUGCGACCUGGAGUCAUCAAUAUUCCUGAAGUUCAGACGCUCAACGCGAACCGCCUCCACGACGUCAUCCGGAAUGCGCAACGACAAGUCCUGCAGGCCAAGCAUAGCAUGGUCCCCCUAUACGUGCAGCGAGAUCAGAUUUACAAAUCGUUUGAGAACCAGGUUUUGGUCACGCCCAAUCUACACGAUGCGAAAAGGAUCCUCGUGAUUAUCCACGACCCGCCCCAACUUCUCGCGCAGCCAGAUGUUAUCGACACAACUCUUGAGCCGCACAAUGCUUGGGUGGUCGAUGGAGUGACUGAGUACAUCGAUUGGGCUGUUGGCCAGAAAUUUGGGGUAAUGGACAUCAACGUACCUGCGUACAUUACACAUGAAGAAGAUUCCGACGCGUAUAUACCCACAUAUAAAGAGAAGGCUCUCCAGGAGCAGAUCCAGUCGCUGGUCUGCUAUCUUUGGGAUAAUUAUCUUCAACUGUAUGAUGCUGACGACAUUUUCAUCAUGGGCGUCGGAAACGCAUACCUUGGAGUCAAAGUUUUGCUACUUAACAGAGAUUGCAAAUCGAGUAUAUCCGGGGUGGUCAACUUUGUAACAGGUAACCUACGACCUGUCAAGUCUGAUAUCGACACCGACCUAUCCUCAUGGUACAAGGAGAACUCGCGAGUCUACGUUGCAGGCGAUCAUGCUUGUUGGUCAGACCAUGACCUCACCCGAAAGGUCAACAAGCGACGGUUCGGGACAGUGGUGAGGAGUCCCAUGUUCGGCCUCAAUAAGAUGAUGCAGGGACAUGCGACGGAAGCCCAGGAAUGGAUCAUGGCGAGAGCAUCAGACAACACAUUUGGCGAUUCGACGGAGGAUGACAAGCCAUAA